CCCUCGCUGGCGUUCCGUUAUCGUCGUGUUGUCUUAUCGCGUCGAAUUGCUGCACAUUGCUGUGUUGUGUUGUGUUCCGGGUGUCUGUCUGUGUGUAUCAGAAUUAUUCAUAGGUUCUUUGUGGCCCCUCUCAAAAGUGGUUGCAUCUGACAAGUGUCAUUUGUGUUGCCUUCAUCUCGUGUCCGCGGCGUUGAGCACGCAGUGCAAUUUGAUGCGUUCGCUAAUUAGUUCAUUAAUUUUUCGUCUGGGCCGCGCGUUCUAUAGUUAAUCGUUCGUGUCUAGUCAGGAGAGGAGGGGAAUUUGAAUUUCGACAUCAUCUUUUUUUUCCUCGCGAGUGCUGCUGUUCACAUAGCGUUUCCAGGACGGGAUUUGAGUGAAUCAAAUGAGCCCGCACCCCACACGCAAGCCGCAACAUCAACUGCUGCUCCUUUUUAAGGUGGGCGGACGUGUUACUCAUGGAUGAUGUCGUGUUGCGUACUUUGGCGUAGUUGGCGUAGUGCUCACAAACCAUAUUAAAAUUUGCAUGAAUAGCUCAUUGUAAUAAUCAGAACCAAUUUCGUCGCUGGGUGUUACCGCUGGAACCGUGUUUUUGUGUAGUUCAAUAUAACCGUUCGAUAUAUCAUAAUCAUCUUGUGCGUGUGUGUGUUUGUGUAUUUGUGUCCAAAGUGUUUAAUGCCAUUAUCAGUGCUCCGACACUUCAUCAAUUGGUUGCUGUUGCUGUUGUUUUCAUGUGCAUUCAGCUGAAUGUUUCUUGUGGUGGAGCUACACUGUGAGCGUGUUCAACGAGAAACGAGAAAACGAAAUUCCACAGGUGAAAGAUUAUGAAAAUCAAUUUCCGUCGAAUCGACCUUGCGUUUGCUCCCGCGAUUGAUUGCGAUAGGCCGAGAGUGAUGUUGGUGAUGUUUCAAAACCAAAGUACAUAAUCAAAAUUGUGUUCCUGCCGCGUAACGAUUACGAAACCAAACAAACAGAGGGCAGAGUAUUGCUACAAUUCGCUACUAACGGAUGCUGGUGAAAGUUUUACAAAAAUUGUGUGUAGUGCUGGAUCGAAAAAAUUAAUUAUUAAUUGACGGCAGAGAAGCUUCUCAUUUCCGGAAAUUAUUCAAAGUGGAAAUUGUGUUUUCUGUUCUAAGAUAAUCGACAAGGCUACUACAAAGUGGUGCUCCGAACGAGGUGAGCCCAUCAGCACGGCUCAGUUGAAAAGCAUUUCGAGUGGUUACCUGAUUCCCUGAUUGGCAGCGGCGUUGUGUUGAACGCGGGGACGCGUUGGAUUCGAUCAGGAUUGAGCCGCCUAUGUAUAUAACGAAAGAGCCGAAGAAGGAAGGAGUAACAAUGCGUGAGAAAAAAGGAGGUGCCCUUCAGAAGCUGAAAAAAAGACUAUCGCACAGCUUUGGUCGAUUAUCGAUAUCACGGGAGGAGAGUGACGACAGCACACAGCACAACAACCACCAUCAUCUACAUCAUCACCACCACCACGGACAUAGUCACAAUCGUGGCGGCAAAGUGCCCUUCAAUGGUUACACAUCCGAGGAGUAUUUGGACCGGCUGGAACCGAACGGUAACAUCCCGGUCGACAAAACGUACAACAAACACUGGAACCGUGUCGGUGACCACGAGCGAGUCCACAGGCAACUGUCGGUGUCCUCCGAUAGCAAACUGCUAGACGAAGAUAUUAGGGAAGAAACCCGUGUGAUAAUGCGACCUAAGAAACCUCCCCGGCCGAAAUCGGAGGUGUUCCUGAAUAAGCACGAUCCGCACCCCAGGCGGAAACGGUUUAGCGCGUUCGGGGGUGAUUCACCAUUCGGAAAGUCUGAAGCUUACAUCAAACUAGAACAGCUUGGAGAGGGAUCUUAUGCAACGGUUUUCAAAGGUUAUAGCAAUUUAACGAACCAGGUGGUAGCGUUGAAAGAAAUCAGGUUACAGGAAGAGGAAGGAGCUCCGUUCACGGCGAUCCGAGAAGCGUCGUUACUGAAGGAACUGAAACACUCGAACAUCGUUACGCUGCACGACAUUGUACAUACGCGGGAAACUUUGACAUUUGUGUUCGAGUUCGUGAACACCGACCUCUCGCAGUACAUGGAACGGCAUCCGGGUGGUCUGGACCACCGAAAUGUGCGGCUGUUCCUGUUCCAGCUGCUGCGAGGACUUUCCUAUUGCCAUAAAAGACGGGUUCUGCAUCGGGACGUGAAACCGCAGAAUCUGCUCAUCAGCGAGAUGGGCGAACUAAAGCUGGCCGACUUCGGGCUGGCCCGUGCCAAGAGUGUUCCAAGUCACACGUAUUCCCACGAGGUGGUCACCCUGUGGUAUCGGCCUCCAGACGUACUGCUGGGAAGCACUGAGUACUCGACCUCGUUGGACAUGUGGGGCGUUGGGUGUAUAUUCGUCGAGAUGAUCACCGGGAUGCCGACCUUCCCCGGCAUUCGGGACACGUACGAUCAAUUGGACAAAAUAUUCAAAAUCCUUGGCACCCCAACGGAGGAAACGUGGCCGGGCGUUACGCAUUUACCAGGUUAUAAGCUACAUAUGUUAGGUUUCUUCAAAUCCCGCAAACUAGGUUUAAGUUUUCCCCGCCUGUACGAUAUUAUCGAAGGUGAAACGAUGGCUAGUGCGUUCCUGCAGCUGAAUCCGGACAACCGGAUAAGUGCCGAAGAGGCACUCCGACAUCCGUACUUUGCUCCGUUGCCAAAAAAGUUUUACGAACUGCCGGACGAACUGUCCAUCUUCACCGUGGAAGGUGUGUACCUGUAUCCGGAGAUGAAACGGCACCAACAUCAUAAAUGAGAGUUAAGACAAAGUAAAACCUUAGAUGCAAUACGUUAUUAUUGUUAGUAGUGACUGCGCGCGCGCGAGUAAAAAGGGGAAACUCGCGAAACAAGAAGAACAGAUAGAACUAUAAACUCAAAUGCGCUACAGAAUGAUGUGCCGCCCUAUUCUGCGUUCUGUGAUCAAGAGAAGGAACUGAAAAGAAUGGAACUAUUUCCCAGAUAAACCAUUGUGGGAACUGUUUCACAAUAAAAGUGAUGAGUGAUGAGAAUUCAAUAAUGAGGCCUGGCUGGGUUUGCGUCAGUCACACAACAAGGCCACACCCUCCGUCACAACGAGCGGAAGUCAGCACACAAACAGAAUUAGCAGGACACAACAGAGUCACACACACAUGCUGUCUAGUGAAUGCUGUAGUAUAACUAGCUAAUCUAUAGUUAAUCCCUACUAAUUAAGAGUCAAAGCAACAGAGACAGUAGUGAUUAAAUGAAUGUGUGGGCGUGUCCGGCGAUGCAAGCAUUUCGCAGUUGGAAUCGUCAAAAGGCAACAUCUCUUCAAUGACGGAGAAAAACUCUUCACCUAGACCAAUAUUCAUUCUUCCUCUAUCUAAUCAUUUUAUUAACACGCUAACAAAUGCGUUUGGUUCGAUCACAGUUUUAUACCAUUUUCUAUUUGAGAAGUGUAAUUUUACCAUCUUCAAAGAUUAUUUUAAAAUCGUUUCGAAAAAAAGAUAUGUUAAAUGAACCAACAGUGUUUAUUAUAUCAACGAUGGAUCAAACACACACACACGAAGCGCAGGUAUCGUUCAGUACCUGUGAAAAUCUCGCCCGGAACUGGAAGCAAAGUUACAAGAAGAAAAAACGUGAUUUCAUUUAAGCAUAUUGUGUAUAUCCAGCUGAGACUAGAGAAGGUCUUGUUUUUUUUCCUCUUUGCAACUAGAGUCGAAAUUGUCCCCGUUCGUGCGCACGGGGAGCUGUUGAACAGCUACUAGCGAAAUAUGGAUACAAAAUGAAACAAACAUUUAGUUAAGAAGAAACACAGCCUACAAAAGGAUGAAAAAAUGACUAUAAAUCGUUUAAAACUAGCGAAAGUCUAUUGGAAGAGAGUGGCAAAAGAAUGAUUGUGACUAAACCGUGAAAGUGUGUCAGGGCAAAUGUGGUCACUUUGUACUACAGAUUAACUACAGUGUAUUGGGUUUUAGAGCGAGCGAGAAAAAAAACAGGAAUGAAAUUAGAAAAAAAUAUUGGACAUUUAAAUAAACAAAUAUUUUUAUUUCGAU